CGUGAAUCGUUUCAUUCCCCACAAUAAUUAUUGCCAGAGUUUGUCGAGCUGUGUGACAUUUCUGGCAUCCUCUUUGUGGCACCUGUCUUCAAGGCUGUGCUAGUAGCCGAAUAUUAGCUCAUCCGUUUUUGCUUCCACCAUUUUCUACGUUAGAACCUUGAUGCUGCGAUCGGUGGACUGAUACAGUGAUUUCCAUUUGUGUAGAAUUUAACAGAGGACACUGAAGGGAUAAUCCUCGCAGCUGAAAAGAGCUUAUAGUAUUUGUGAAGCUUUACUUCGUUUUCUCGGUUCUCCUCAUCCGGAGAUGUCUUUAUCGGGUCUGUUUUCUAAGAAGAAGCCUGAUGUCAAAGAACAAAUUAAAGUUCAGGAUAAAGCGCUCCGGCAUACCCAACGCGACUUGGAUAGAGAUCGUCGAGAAUUAGAGCGCAGAGAAAAACAGCUGGAGCUGGAUAUCAAGAAAAUGGCAAAAGACGGGAAGAACACUGAGGGUGUUAAAAUCCUAGCUAAGCAGUUGGUUGCUUUAAGGAAACAGAAGACCCGCAGUAUGACAGCUAAUUCCCAAAUCACGGGUAUCAGAAUGCAAGGAAAGACGAUGACUUCUAACGUGAAGAUGAGCGAAGCUAUGGCCAGCACCACUAGGGCUAUGCAUAAUAUGAACGAUCAGCUCAGCCCGCAGCAAGUCGGCCAGAUAAUGCAGGAAUUCUCCAAGGAAUCCGCCAAAAUGGAUAUGUCCGAGGAAAUGAUAAACGACACUCUGGACGACAUUCUCACUGAAUCGGGUGAUGAGAGCGAGGAGAAUUCCAUUGUAAAUAGGAUUCUGGACGAAAUUGGUAUCGAAGUUGGCGGACAAAUUUCAAAAGCCCCUGCUCCCUCCCGAUCUAAGGUGGGGGAAGCCUCUCGAGUAAACCAGAAAAGCCUGGACGACGAAGCCGAGGAAAUCGAAAAGCAGCUUGCGCGGUUGAAAGCCGAAUGAUCGGAUAUUUCGCUUUCCAUGUGGAGUUAUGCUUUUUAGGAAGUUUUCCCUUCAUGCUUGCUAAAUCUUUCAUCUGUCGUAUUGGCAUUGAGAUUUUAUUGUGUGGAACUCAUUCCAUGUGUUUGAAGCUGUUUCCCUUGCAAUUAUACUGUAUUCAGCAUCUUUUCAGUUUCGAGUACUGAUGCCUAGUUUUAUACCGCAUGCCUGUUUAAAUGUCAGAUACAGUAUAUUUAUCGUCGGUUUACACUUUUGGGGCGUUUAUCCUUGUCUAAUUGGUGAAUGUGGUUCAAUAUGCGAGAUUCACUUCGAGCUUAUGUUGGAAAUAUUAAUACUUCGUUUGA